GGAUGUCCUGGCUCAUCCGUGGGGUUCUGAAAGGAAAUGUAUCUUUGGUGCUGGUGGAGAACAAAACUGGAAAGGAGCAAAGCCGGACCGUCUGGCAUGUUGCCACCAAUGAAGGCCUAAGCCUGUGGCAGUGGACAGUGUUGUCGCUCCUCGAUGUGACUGACAGGUUCUGGCUGCAGAUAGUCACAUGGUGGGGCCCAGGAUCCAGGGCAACCGUGGCAUUUGACAACAUUUCCAUCAGCCUCGACUGCUACCUCACCAUCAGUGGGGAGGAGAAAAUGUCCCUGAAUGCAGUACCCAAAUCCAGAAAUCUGUUUGAGAAAAACCCAAACAAGGAGCCAAAGCCCUGGGCAAACAUAUCAGGACCAACUCCCAUCUUCGACCCUACAGGUAAGGGCUACUCUGUCACAGCUGACACACUUAAGGAGCAUCAUUUCUUGCUGUGGAAGGCAGAAGAAUGGCCUGUGUUGUGGUUGGGAUUGGCACUAUAGUUAAAAGAAAAUGGUUGGUCUCCAGAAGAGGCCUCACUACCUCUGUUAUGGGACCCCUAAAAGAAGCUGUGUGGGUCUCCCAUCACUUAAGCAACAGAAAC